AUGCUGUUCAACAUGAGGUCUCUUGCCUUGUAUGGCCUCAUGGCCAUCUCCACCGCCUCGCCGGUCCCUAGUCGAGACGACGGCAUGAAUGAGAUCGUAGCAAGAGCAAAGCUUGGCGACUUUCUCUGCCCCGAUGGACACACAAUUGCGGAAUCAGACAUUCGCAAGGCUUUCGGGGAAUGUCGCCAACACAAUGAUGGCACCGUUGGAAAGUAUCCAGCCUUUUUUGGAAACAAGGAUGGGGACAAUGCGGUCCUCACCAACGUCCCUGCUGGCACCGACCUGAGAGAGUUCCCUAUUGUCGAGGGCGGCGUCUACACCACGGGCACUCCCGGCCCCUACCGCGUCAUCACCGACUACAAGGACAACAGGGGUGACUUCCGCGGCGUCGUGCAGCACACUGGUGCCACAGUUGCAGGACAGUAUACUGCCUGCACCAAAGUCACCAAGAAGAUGAAGCGCGGCGACAAGGACAAGGAAGACAAGGACAAGAAGGACAAGGAGCACAAGAAGCACCAAGUCGGCGGCGACGACUCUAGCUCGGAUUCCACCGCCAAGCGAGCAGCCGUGGCCGCUGGUACUUCUUCUGCUCUCAACGAUCUCGCCGCCCGCGCCAAGAAGAAGAAGGUCGGCAGCGCCGACUGCAACGGUACGACUCUGUCCAAGGAUGACGUUGGCAACGCCUUCAAGAAGAUCAAGGAACUGGCGGACUACGGCGCCGGCGGUUACCCCCACCAGUUCGGCAACAAGUCGGGUGGCAGCGACGUUUUUACCGGUGUUACCAAGGAUCUUCGCGAGUACCCCAUCAUUCAGGGUGGUACUUGGACCACUGGCGAGCCUGGUGUUUACCGCGUUGUUGCCGACUACAACAACAACUUUGUUGGUGUCAUGAUUGAGGGUAGUGGAUCUUCAUUCACAAGGUGCACUGUGAACUCGGACUAG